AUGAUCUACCUUCUGGCUCCGCCACCUGGCAAGGUGUUUGACCUUCUGGUCGACUUUGUCCAGUGGAGCACAUGGCUGUUCUACGGCCUUACUGCUGUGGGUGCGAUCAUCCUGCGUCGUUCCCAUCCGCUCAACGGUCUGUUCAUUCUGUUCUGUGCCUUCAUCACGGUCAUGCCGUUUGUGCCGCCUGAAGGUGGAGACAGCGGAGACCCGUACCCGUACUAUCUGUCACCGCUACUGGGUGCUCUCACCACACUGGCUGGAGUUGUCCCUUGGUACUUUAGGAUGUUCUGGUGGGCUGACAAGACCGAGCAGGAUUACACGCAGUGGGUCAACGACGAAGAGGAAGCGGAGAAGCCGGUGCCAGGCGCGGAGCAGAUAACCCAUGUAUGA